UAGAGGGGCCGGCGAGGGCACUCGACCGUAGAUGAGCCACGAGGGCAGCCUCAAAGGAGUCCUACGUGGCGUAUUCCUAUGCCACACACGUGUCACAAUCUCCACUCUCUUUCUCAUCAAUACCCACCCAGUGCUCUUUUCUCUCCCUCUCUCUCUCUAUAAGUAUUAAGCAGUGAGUGAGUCAGUCACGUGUCACAGUACGUACAGUCUAGUCGGGGGUCACGUGACGGGGAGAUGGGACGAGCGCCGUGCUGUGAGAAGGUGGGGAUGAAGAAGGGGCGGUGGACGGCGGAGGAAGACCAUCUCCUCUCCUCCUACAUUCUCUCCCACGGCGAAGGCUCUUGGCGUUCCUUGCCCAAACACGCCGGGUUGAAAAGAUGCGGAAAGAGUUGCAGAUUAAGGUGGAUAAAUUAUCUACGAUCAGAUAUCAAGCGGGGGAACAUAACUCCACAAGAGGAGGAAAUCAUUGUUAAGUUGCAUUCCUCUCUAGGAAACAGUAAACUCUUUGGAUGUAGAUGGUCGCUAAUAGCAACUCAUCUGCCGGGGAGAACAGACAACGAAAUAAAGAAUUAUUGGAACUCUCAUCUGAGCCGGAAACUUCACAGUUUCAUCAGAAAAACGACGGUCUCUCAAGAAGUCGCCGCCGUUGUCAUGAACGCCAUCAAGAACGUUAAUCCUUCGCCGUCGCCCAAACGCAGAGGGAGAACCAGAAGAUCCUCCAUGAAGGUCAAAACCUCAAACCCCAAAAACUCCACGAGGAAGACGAAGCAAAACGUCACUGGUACGCACAAAACGAAGCCACCAGCAGCUGAUGUGGAACGCCAAGAAAACGCAGAAAGUGGCGGCGCGAUAUCGCGCGUUUGCGAAGAGAGAAGUGGUAAAAAAGAGGCAGCCAAAGAAGAUGCAUUAAUGGUGUUGUCAAGUUGCAGCGGUGGAGCCGACACUUCGAUAGGUUUCAUUGCGGAUUUAGGACCAUGUGGAUACGUUGACAACAUUGACUAUGAUCUCAGCAUUAAUGGCGACAUUGAAGAUUUGUCCUUCGAUGACACUUUUGACGGUUAUCUCCACUUGGAUGAGUCCGGGCACGUGUUUUCAUGGUACGGCGAAGAAGAGCCUAACAACCCAGGAGACUCCGAACCAGUCAGAGGGUCUGGAGACAUCAAACACUCUGUCUCGGACCAAGAUUCCGCCGGUCUCGAGAAUAUCGGUGGCGGCAGCUGUAGUAGGGAGAUUCUUCAGUCGUGUCCUUCGGUCGAAUCGUUUCUUAGCUAUGACGAGGUCAAUGAUGGGAGCGAUGAGUUAAUGCAUUCUAUUUCUGAGCAGACUUUUGUGGGUAAUGGAAAUCUCAACAGCAGCGGUUGCCGUGGCGUUAGCGUUAGUGGCUCGAGCUCAUGGACCGGUGAUGCCACGCAGUCGUGCUCGGCGGUGGAGUUUCUGAACCAGGACCUGGCCAACGAGAUAACCGACGAGUUCAUUGACUGGGACUCAGUCUUGCACGAAGGUCAAAACCUUUGGGAGGAGAAGGAGAGUCCGGAUUCGCUCUUGUCGUGGUUGUUAGAGGAUGAAAGAACCACCGCCUUCGGGCAAAGCACUAGCGACUACGAUUCCGGAGAAUGGGAUCGCGAGAAGGAAAACGCGAUGGUGACGUGGCUUCUUUCAUGAUGUGCAAAUGCCAAUGCCAAAUGUGUAGGUUUUAUUUUGUCCUUAGGCUUGGCGACACGUGGCGUUAUCUCGUCUGUACAGUGGAAAUUUGUCUUUGUGUCGUAAUGUCGAGAUCUUUUGGUCGUUUAAUGUCUUUUUCUAAUGGCCUAAUGAAUAAAACAUGUCGCAUUUCCGUCUGUAGCUUUUUGAGGAAACACUG